UAAUUUAGUGUUUUUUUUUGUUGAUGUUGUUAACCUAAAAAAGAUAUUUCCGUAAUAAUUAAAUUUACAAGUAUCGUUAAGGGACAAUGAACGAUGACACAUUUUUAGUGAGUGCCUGGGACGAUGACGCUCAGGGAAUCGAUGAAUCCCGAAAUCCCCAAGGAGUAAACGAAAGAAAGAUAUUGGAAGCUUGCGAGAAUGGCGAUCUGGAGACUGUAAAAGGGCUGAUUAAUGAAGAUCCAAAUUUAAUAAGUGUUCACGAUAAAGAUGGAUAUACGCCCCUACAUAGAGCAUGCUAUGGAAAUCACUUUAAAGUAGCUCAAUACUUGAUUGAAAACGGGGCGAACGUUUCCUCGAAAACCAUAAUGCAAUGGCAGCCCCUACAUUCCUGUUGCCAGUGGAAUGCUGUGAAAUGUGCUUCUUUGUUAAUUGAAGCUGGGGCUGAUGUAAAUGCACUCUCAGAAGGAAGUCAAACACCGCUGCACGUUGCAGCAGCACAUGGCGCAUGCUAUGACAUGGUACAGUUGCUAUUAAUGCAUCCUUACAUAGAUGCAACGCUCAGAAAUAACAGUAACGAAACUGCCGGUGAUAUAGCUCGCAGAUCAUCCAAGUAUUACAACGUGUUCGAUAUGGCUGAUCCUUUGCUUGAUUAUAAAAAUAUAGAGUUACUAAAGUAAUUAAAUAUAAAAUUAAAACAUGUCUGAUGUAUCUAUUUAUAUGACAAAUGUUAUAUAGUAAAUAAAAAUGUGUUUCUAU